AUGAGAUCCACUUUACUAAUUGAAGGUCGCAAAAAAACUACUCCGCUACUCCCACUAGACAGAAACCGCCACACAUCACAGCCUAAACAAGAAAAGCCGAAGCCCUACAUUUCUAAUGAAGAUGAAAAAUUAUAUGGCGACCGAUUUCCUUCAGGAUUUCGAAAAAUGAAACUUUUAGGCAAGGGAGGCUGUGCCAUGGUAUGAUUAGGAGAAGACGAGCUGACAGGCCAGCAAGUAGCUGUAAAGCAAGUUAGCCGCAACAACAGUUCUGCAGCGGUUGAAAGCUGCAAAAGAGAAAUUCACUUCGGAAAAAUACUUAACGAGAUUCACCAUCCUGCAACACAGAGCAUUGCCCGUUUAAUUUCGUCAAAAUCUGACCGACAGGACAUUUGGGCUAUUUUCGAAGUAGGCGGAUCAAGCUUAAGCAAAGCGCUUUUCCAACUGAAAGGAGAAUUCGUUAGAGGGGAAAGAAUGUAUCAAGUCAUUCACUGCCAAUUGUAUGAAGAAAUAAAACGAAACCCAGAGAUUUUGAAAGAAUUUGUCAAAGAAAUGCUGGAGGUUCUGCAGCUUUUUUCAGAGUUGAAUAUUGUGCAUAGUGAUUUGAAGCCUGAUAAUAUUUUGGUUAAUGAAGAAUACUAUGAUGGGGUUAAAUUGAUAGACCUUGGUUCAGCAUUUAGUUGCAUUGGGAAUGGAACUAUAAAUACAGCUACUCCUGAAUAUAUGCCGCCUGAAGCUUUAGAAUUAGCACAUUCUCCAGGAGACCAUAUAGCAGAAUUGGCUGAAAUAAGCAAUCCUUGGUCAUUUGAUAUGUGGUCACUUGGGAUGAUUUUACUUGAAAUCGUUUCUGGAGUACCAUUAUGGAUGUCUUAACUUAUUAACCAUGACGUUUAACGUCUCCUACGGGGUUGCUCUUCCAGGACUGCCACCACGCUCUCGUCGCUCGGGGCCCACUAGUUGCUGGGACAGCUAGCUUUGAUCUCCAACGUGCGCCUCCUGCGCGAUGUUCCGGCUUCGACGGCACCAUUAUGGAUGUCACUUAAAUCUAGAGUAAAUAGAUUUGGAAGAAUGGUUACAUGUAAAGGACUUUUAGCUGCAACAGGAAGAGAUCCAGCCACUAUAUUGAGACUACAGCAUGAAGUAACCCAAGAUCUAGAGCAAACAAUAAACAAAUAUGCAGCUUUUUCAGUGACUCGUGAUUUUCUUGACUUAUUAAGCAGAAUGCUAACUUGGAACCCUGCAACUCGAAUUUCCCCUGAAGACGCCCUGAAUCAUGAGUAUCUAAACUAA